AUGGGCGUCUCCCGCACCAUCGCUGCCCACUGCGGCCUCCCGGACAUCCAGCUUCGCCUCACCAGCGAUGAGCGAGAGAUUGAGGAAUUCCUCCUGGGAUGGCACGACCGCUACCAUUUCGGCUUGGACAUGGAGUGGAAGCCCGGCUUCAUCAAGGGGGCGCCGCCAAGUCGAUCGGCCAUCCUGACGAUCUGCAAUGGCCCGUGGGUGCUGGCCGUCGACCUAGUUCCAAUGCGGAGGAAAUGGCCGAAGCCUUUGUUCGAUGCUCUUUGGAGCUUCCUCGAAAACGAGCUGCACACCUUCUAUGGUAUGGGCCUCGCUGCUGAUGCGGCGCGGCUGGCACUCGAGUUCGACUGCGUGGUCCAAGGCAUCGACUUCUUGACCGCCUGGCCGAAGCAGAUUGUCUUGAAAGGAGGACUGGAGGGCCUCGGAAACAGCCUGCUGGGGACAUCAGUCAAGCAAAGCAAGGCCGUCACCCGCUCAAACUGGGACCAGAGGCCACUCUCCGAGCAGCAGCUCACCUACUUGGCCGAAGAUGCGUACCUAUCCUGGAAGAUCAUGAAGCACCUAGCUUCCUUGACACCGGCAAGGGAGGAGUGGCUCAUCACCAUGACGGACAUGUACACACAUGGUCAGGAAUUCAUCCGUCACGGCUUGUACGUCGAGGAUGCCUGCCACGACUGGACACAAGCGAUGCACGAGCCGCUUGUCAAGUCGUUUGCUUUUUUUGUCGAAGAGCCGUGGGGCGUACGAGGAGGGAGGGGUCCCUUUUUCGCCUCGGCGUGA